GGCUUGGAUCCAUCGGGGUAUCGUUCUUCUAUUGCACAUAAAGAUGAAAAUGACGCUCUUCUUGGUGGUGAAGCGCAAAUGAGUGAUGAAGAACGAUUUAAGGUCAUCAUUUAAUUAAACACAUUUUAUUAUAACGUGUUGCACAGUGGGCAUUACAUUUCAGUAAGCGGCCCCUGAAUGCAAACAGUUGUUGUCAUUGCAGGGUGCGGUUACUGUACCUCACUGGUACUCCAAUGGUAAUAAAAUUACCUUUUACUUGAGGUGAUAUAUAUGGUGUACUUAGUCUUAAAGUAAUGUACAUCAAGCACAGUUUUCUAAAAACGUAUUUAUGCGGUAACUCGAAACUACUGUUAGAAGAGAAGGUUACAUAUACUACAAAAACAAAAUUGAGUCCAAUAUUCCAUAUCUGCCUAUCAUAUUUCUGUAUAGCUAAUUAUUGUGCAUGGUUUUGAAAAACUUAGGCUUGGAAAUUUUCUAGUCAAUUAAUACCAGCAAAAUUCAAGUACUCGGGCGGUGAGAGUAACGCAUUCGUAUACGUGGCACUUGGCUGGAAAUAAGUAAUACUAGCCGGUAGUAUCCGGCAUGCAGCACUGCUGCCAGGAAAUUUUAAUAAAAUGUCUUGGCAAGAAAUGUUCUUACUUCUUGCAGGAAAUUAUUGUCAUACUUAUACUUAUUAUUUGCAAAAGCGUUUUGCAAGUUGAGAUUGUCCACUAUACGUUCACAUAAUAAUAGAGGUUCAGAUUUGAGUUCCACUACCUCUAACAGGCUUAGUGCGCAUCUGAUUGGUUAAUCGAAUAUAUCAAACGCAUCUGAUUGGUUGAUGGUCCCUUAAUGGUAGCGGUAGUGGAAGUCAAAUCUGAACCUCUAUAAUGUGUGGCACCAUCCGAAAUCUACAUUGUGCAGGAAGUUUUAUAUUUGACUUACACAGGAACUUUUCCUUGUUUUUUAUGCAGGAUUGCGACCCAUUUUCAAUGCGUUGUAUGAACGAAAAUUGUCAAGAGCAAUAUGUCUAUGAUUUAUCUUCUGAAAACAAAGUAAGCUGCUUUCUUUCCUAUUUAAUAUUCUUUUUAUUUCAUUCCUUUACAUUUCUCGCUGUUAGUGUUCUCAAAUGUUUCUCUUAAUUAUUCAGCUGUAUUAACUUCCGAACACGGUUUACUCGUAGCAUACAGUGGUGGACAUUGAGCAGGGAAAAAAUUAACUUUCCAUUAAUUGGUUUUUGAAUGCAAAAACUGAACUCUUACCAUUAUUGGCUAUUUAUGGUAAAUUAGUAAGAACCACAAUGUUUAAUAUUUACCAUUAAUGGUACUUCCUUUUUUCCCUGUGCACAAGAAAGAACCAUUGAUGGUAAAUAUUAAACAUGGUUUUUACCCAUUUACCAUAUGGGAAAUCUGUAACAACCAACAAUGAUGAGUUGAGUUUCUACAUUCUUAAUGGUAAUGGAAAUUUAAAAUGUUUCCUGUGUGUGUGUGUGGGGCGGGGGGGGUGUCAAAUAUUUUCAAUAAUCUUUACUCUUUCGCGUGAUUGUUAUAACAAAGUAAAGGUAAAGUAAACUUUAGUUAAACACGCCCAUUCAAUAUAAAUUGAUUUCCAAUUGGGGCUUGUAAAAUUUAAAAUUACAAAGCUAAGGAUAAAGAUUUAAAUCACUUAACUAAGUAUAUUACAACAAAUAAAAUCAUAUCAGGCUGAUUGCACGUAUGUAGAAGCGAAUUGAAAGCUCUCGGCGUUUCUAAUUUCAGCUGGUAAAUUGUUCCAUAAUUUGGUACUUCUGCAACCUGUACGCUUUUUCCAUAUUCCAUUAAAGGAAGAGGAAGAUUUAUAGCUUCACGUCAGAAUUUCGUAAGUUGUAGUCACGAGAUGUGACAACCGAAGCACUGGAAAAUAUUUCAGUAUAAGCACCGCAGGAACAAAACCAUGAACUUACGAAAUUCUGACAUAACUGUUAUGAAAUUCUUGCAUAACAUGCAUUAACUUUAUAACUGUUCAUAUUUUUAGGUAAUUGAUUACUCUCGAUGUUCAAAAUGCAAAGUGAUGUUUAGACAGGAAGUUGCUAUGAAUAGACUAACAUUAUUGAUCAGAAAGCAUGUCAAGAAAUAUUAUGCGGUAAGUUUUACAAAGAUUUGCCACCUUCUUUAACAAACCCCUUCAAAACCCCUUCAACAAUAGACCUUUCCCCUUUUAAGUGAAAUUUUGAUCUAGACUAGCCUGGACAAAAGUAAUAUUCCGAAGUUUAGUCAAUUAGUAAUAUUCCGAAGUUUCGUUGCUAAAUGUUGUAAAAUGCGGAUAAUAUAGCCUUGCGAAGUUUGCCGUUUUUCAGUCAUUUUGCAUUACAAACGGGAAAUUGAUAAUCAGAUGAGCAAACUGAGCAAUUUCCCAUUUGUAAUACAAAAUGACUGAAAAACAGCAAACUUCGCAAGGCUAUAUUAUCCGCAUUUUACAACAUUUCACAACGAAACUUUGGAAUAUUACUAAUUUUGUGAUGCUCUUUCAAGCUGUGAUGAAAUUGUUGUCCAGGCUAGUCUAGAUCAAAAUUUCACAUAAAAGGGGAAAGGUCCAUUGUUCUAUCGAGUGAGAUGCCCAAAAUUAUAAUAUUUACCCAUACACCACACAUUGGCAUCAUCUUAGUAUACAUGAACUUGUGGUUAGAGCUUGACAACCGUCUCUGUAGUUGAACUUGUGGUUAGAGCUUGACAACCGUCUCUGUAGUUCAGUUGGUUAGAGCACUGCACUGGAAUCGCAGGACCUCAGGUUUGAUUCCUGUCUGAGGGCCCACUGCUCUUGGUUAGGUCGAAUAAAUCAGGGUUCGUACAAAACUUGAAAGUCCUUGAAUGUCAUUGAAUUUGUAAAGAAGUACUUGAAUGUCCUUGAAUUCUUCUUGCUUUAGUUUUUGGAUAUUUUCUGAAAUUGUUUGACAUUCAAGACGGACAUUUUGUUGAACUGAUUUUGCAUGUUCAUAUCUGACCUCAUUAUUAAGUUACGUUUUGAACAAUUCAACGACAGAUUUUGCUGAUUUCUAACGCCUUUUCAGUAUUUAGUCCUUGAAUUUGCUGAUACAUGGCUUUGAAUGUCCUUGAAAAGUCCUUGAAUUUGACUCUUCCUGACAUGUACGAACCCUGAUAACUGUAUUAAAAUUCCACACGAAAUUUCCAUCUUCAACAAAUAUUUUUUUGGCGCUGAUCAUACAGUUCUGUUUAAUUUCUCAUUAUAUCUUCAGGCUUGGAUGAUUUGUGACGAUCUUUCAUGUGGUCAACUCACCAGAGAUGUUCCUUCAGUCCCUCAGCGUGGCGCUUCUUUCUGUGUUUGUAAGCGAGGACAUGUAUAUCCUGAGGUAAGGGGAGGUUUCAUUCUGUCCCUGAUACAAUCAGCUUGUUGCAUGUUUUAGUAGAUGUUAUGGUGCUGUUAGGAGAGCACUCUGACUCAGGGUUACGACAUUUUUAGCAGGGCUGGGAGACGGAUGUAUUACCUCCGAGAGUGCAUGGCAAAACUACACACGGAAGUUGCUUAACAAGAUACUUUAGCAAUAUUCGACCUUUCCUCUUGGUUGCCUCCCUAUCUUUCUACAUAACUGCACAACAGGUGUCUAGACAUAAUAGAUCUGCCUAGAAAUACUUUUCCUCCACUAUUGGAACCUAGGAAUAAUCUCACAGUUAAGGAAUAUAAGAACAUCGUGAAAUCUAACAUUCAUCCUUGCAGCAAGCGCUUCGUAGAAGCAUCUACAAUGCACAAACACUAUUUGAUAUCAGCGAACCGUAUACGGGUACCUCUAUCGCGCACUCGGCACCACUUUUGAGAUUUCCAGUUUCGUAGCCAUUUUAUCUUUUUAAAAACGUGUAAUGUUGUAACUAAAGUAAAUUAUUUGCUUAAUUAACCUUUUUCAAGGCAGAGUGGGUGAUUUCACCAGGUUCUGUUGAUACCAAACACUCUCUUGACUCAAGUAAAUAAGUUGUCCCAUAAUCACAUUUGGGGAAAAAUCGUGCUUAUUAAAUAAAACGUCCUCUCCCUCUCAGACCUGAAAUGAUUAGCUCUAAACCAAUAUCGGUCAGCCAUAGAGAAUGGAUACCCAGUAACGCGUCAAUUCUUGGGUUUCAUAUGACGUCACAAAGUGACGGGAUGUCGACUCUAAAACAAAACACAGUUAUCAGAGUGAGUCGAUUGUUGGUUUAUUACUAGAAGUUACUAUCGCAAGGAAAGUGCUGCCUCACCCCCAAGGGAUCGAAGGCUGCAUGUGCAAUUUGCUGAAUAGGGGCUGUUUUAUAUAUGAUCCCGCUUUGCCAUAGAGAUGUGAGGCGGGGUUAUUUUGAUGUAUUGAAACAAGUCACAGUGCACAAUUCAGCAAAAGAACUUCAUUAUUUUCUGGAGAUAGAUUUAGUUAACUGUACUGUAAAUGAAAUGUAAUAACAAUCUUCUGGAACUACAAGAUCUUUUCUACAAUAUUUGAAUUCUCUUAACCAGCAUUUUAACUUUUGUUUAGCCUACCGACUUAUUUCAAUACAUCAAAAUCAUGACAUCCCAUCUUCCAUCAUGUAAACAGACCUAAUCUAUUCCCUAAGACACCUGUUCAGUAGGUAGGAAAAGUGCAAUUUGAAUAUCAAACACCUUGCACAAGGUCAAAGGUCAGCUAAAUAUUCAAUGCUUAUAACUUCUUGCUUUUGUAUGUAUAAUUAUAAUACUGUCAGUGGUGAAUCUAGCCAUUGCAACCAUAAGCGUAUGGGCCGGGGGGCACAGACCCCCCAAAAUUUUCACGGUCAGGCAGAAAUCCAUGCGUCAUUCGGGCAAAACAUAAAAAUUUCACAAAAUAAUGUUAUGCAAACCAAAAAAUUAUGUUACUGUAUGUCCGGAAAAAUCUGUGCAUUUGGUGACCUAACCCCCCCCCCCCCAAACAAUUUUUGGGUGAAAUAUCUAUUAGCGACGGUCGGGCAAAGUAAUACUGUGCCCCCCAAACAAGAUUAGGCCCGUACUCACAUGAUUGCAACAGGUCAUGCUAUGCAAGUUUCUAAUAAUUUGCAUCAAUUGGUCAAAUAGAUGCAGGUUUAUUGGCGUGGCAUGACCAGUUGCCAUGGCUAGCUUGCCACUGAAUAUUAGACAAAAUCAUAUUAUAUAUAAACGAUAAUAAUACUUGAAUGAAUCAUUGGACAUGUAGAGUUUAAUAGCAAUUUCAUAUAUAUAGAUUGAAUAUUAAGUCAGUUUCUGUCCCAGUUAUCAUUUUAAUGGCUGCACCUUCAGGGCUACCCCUGUUACAAAACCACUGUCACUGAACAAUCUACUGACACCUGAUGGGAGACAAAAUCUAUUUGUUGAAAGUUUUGUUUCAUAUGUGAUACAUCAGCUUCUGCAUGGCGACACCAUUCAUUUGUAAUGAUUAAGAUUGUACUCAGUCAGAACUGCAGAACUAUAUAAUACAAGAAAUUGUGAGCAUUAAUUAUCAAAAAAUAUAGUAUACCCUGAACUGUAGUAACACAGCCAGGUGAAUAUAUAAAAAUGUAGGCCGGUAGAAUUAUUUCAUAUUAUGCUAUUAACAAUGGACAUAUCUCAGAGAUAUACAGAAGUAUUACAGACCAUUAUAUUUAUACCUUUUACAAAAAUCGGUCGACAUGUUAUGACAUGUAACAUGUAACUGGGUUAACAUUUCCACACUAGGUUGCUAAUAUAGGAAAUAACUUCGUACAAGUGAGUUACUGUAAUUUUUCAUUCGUGUACAAUUGCGUGUUCCAAUGCGGGCAAGAUACUGCUCAAUUUAUAUUCCCAUAAUAACAAUAUUAAUAAUAAACUAUCACUGUCAUUAUUUAUACCUUGAAGUUCCUUGAAGUAUGAUGUUCUAUCAAGCCUAUGAAUGCUACAAUCGACGAGCUACCCACUUGUUUAUAUGAAGACUUGUAGUCAAUUCAUUCGCUUCAAGUUUCAAUGCGUAUCGACCAAAACUCAUUGUUACAGUAUUUGUGAUCAAACUUUUAUCUUACCUUGAAAAUAUUUCGACAAACAGCCAGAGUCCAGACAAAAAAUUUGCGACACAAUGCGUACAAUCCGUACAUGUAAACAUGUUUACAAAUUGUCAUGGUCCAUGGUGGUGUUCUUGAGGUUCAACCAGGGUAUUCGGAAAGUCAAAUCGCGAUCUGGAGUAUGUUAUUUUUACAGUAAAAUUUCUGUGACGUCAAAAUACGUCAUAAAUCUGAUCAUCCGUACAAGAUUCCCAAAAAUGACUUGUUGAAUCCACAUAACUCGCGAGCCGGAAACGGACUGUUGCGAGAAAAACACAUCGUCAAGAAUAGUGUGCUGCCUUCGGCAGCAAUUAGCCUUGCGUUUGGUGGCAAAUACGUGGAAUUUCGUAUCAUUUUCUCACUCCAGUAGAGCAUAUAAGCAUUAAUACAUUUGAGGCUGGCCCCCCGUCAGAUUCACUGCAUUAUGCCGUAGUGAAACCCAAGAAUAGUAAUUUGUGUAGCGCAUUUCAACCAAAUUCUGCCUGCCAAUUUAAAGGCGAUGUCUGCGGAGGAGGCUAAUCAAACCAAAUAACUUCGGAUGUUAAUUAUUAACCCAUUGAGUGGCAGCACUCUCCACUUGACGAGUAAAAUCGUCUUGCGUUAGAAAGAGUGAAAUACUAAAGUAUGGCGCAUCGGGGUGCAUUGCCACUUAAAAGCUUAAACAUAACCUUGGAAUGGUAAAUUUAACGCGGUCAAAAUGCUAAAUUUAAAGAAACAUGGAAACAAAAUUAUGUUAGCCUAAUUCGAAAGAAUGUUAAGAUUAUUUCUAAAUCCUUUUUACAAACUAUCUUUAAAAGUUUAUGAGAUAUUUGAAAUAAAAAUAUCCGUCAUCUUGUUUUAUAAUUAGAUCUAAAUGACGUCAUAACCAGGGUAGACAUAUUAAAAAUAGAAAAUAUUAUUAGUGAAAGUUUAUACAUACUUGUGCUUUAAUUUUAAUUAAAAUAGGCAAUAGUAAAAAAUAGGAUUUACCAUUAAAAUGGCCUGAGAAUUGCUGAAGAUACUGAACAAAAUAGUGUUGACCUGGUUGUGACGUCACGCUUUUGUUUGAAAUUAAGUAUAAUAUCUUUCAUACCAAGAACGAUAUAGAAAAUCUGUAAAAAAGUUUUGAAAUAUAUUGAAUCCCUCUUCCAAAUGGGAGAAACUUAAUUUUCAUUGCUAUUUCCCUUUAACGCGGGAAUGUGAAACUUUAUCUUGUUGAUUAUUGUGCAAUGGCCGAUUAAUAAUCAUCCUUCUGUUUCUUUCAGUAUAAUGACACAACACUAUAUACGCAGUUGCUGUAUUAUCAACGUCUUUUCGAAAUAGACAAUAAAGAAUUGCUACGUGCAGGUAAGGAUGUGUAUUUUCUGUAUACAACAACUAGCCACGACCGGAAAUAGCAUAGAAGAACGUUCAUGUCGCUGGGCAUUCAUUGCAUGAUAUUGUCGGCUUUUUGUUUUCUUUCAUUUCGACUUAUUUGUGGCGAAAUAGGCUUAAAGAAAAGUCCAGCACCACCCUAAAAAAUCUUCUUGACCAGAUGCUUUUCGAAUAGCGAUUAGCGCAACUUCUACUGUUAGCGCGCGUGUCGAUUUCUUGAUACGAUUUAAUUGAUUUAUAACGAGAAUAUUCUCAGAAUGCUGUGUAGUUAAAUAUCAUGGUUAAAUAUGUGAAAUGUCGAGGUUCUUAUAUAGCCAUAUUUUAAAAUAUGAUGUAUACUUUAAGAAGCAAGUUUACUGUACUGUGCCACAGCAAUUGUCCAGUCACGCAUACGCGAUAAAAACCCGAUAUACACUUUAUAAACAAAAGAUAAUAUAAAACGUAACGGAACAGCGAACAUGCAGAUUCGGCCAUCUCAAAUAAUGGAUAAUGUUGGGAUAGUCGCGUUGCAGACUACAGAAGAGAGUGUGAAGUAAGGCUCCCUCAUUCACCACUCUGUGGAAACCCUGUGCCUCUCCUUACAAAUUUCGUAAAAAAAAACAUCGCUAAAGCCUCAGUGAUCAUCCGAACUUCAGGUGAUAUCUAAUUUCACGCAAUUUGGCCUUUCACUGGUCACAAUACUAUAAUCAUAACAUGAUCAAUAAUUUUUUCCGUUUUAGUUGAGAAUAAAAAGGACUCCUUAGCAUGGUUUUCGGCAAUACAUGGAUAUGUCACGAAUCUCAUCGAAAACAAUUCAUACUCUGAGGUCGAUCUGUCAAAACUGUUUCAAAUUCUCUUGCCGACAAAAUGAAAGAUGACCCGCGAGAAAAUGCUCCAAAAUCAUGGUUAAUUUAUUAUCUGGCUAUUUUAUGCAUUAGUGUAGUAUUUUUACUACUAUUUUAUUUUUCAAUUUUGACCAUAUAGAAUGAAUUGGAUCAGCGAAUAUGUAUAACUGAACCACUUUUCAAAGCGAAAUUCCCACGUUUAUUGUGAAUAUUUCGAUCCCGAUUACUUUUCUAAAUUUGGAAUAUUGGAAGUGGAACUUGCAAAGCCAACGAAUUAUUUAAUAAAACACUGGAAAUUACGAUUUUAAGUUCAGUACUCCGAUACUUGUAGUGAACAACUUGCGAAGUUGGCUUUGCAAGUUCCAUGCAGUUUCACAACAACCUUGAAAAGUGCCCUGAAUCAGAUGUGACUUCCACUACCGCUACCAUUAAGGGACUAUUAACCAAUCAGAUGCGUCUGAUAUAUCCGAUUAGCCAAUCAGACGCGUGCUAAGCCAGUGAGAGGUAGUGGUACUGGUAGUCAAAUCUGACCCCUGGUUUUUUUCGCUGCUUAGGAGGAGGGUAAUAUACGGAGGCUUAGAAGGACGUAUAAUAUAUACCUUUUCGAUAAUUAUGUCGUGAAUACGUUCUUGGCCUGGAAGCCUCAUUUUCAUGAACGUGAGUCAAUCUCAUUCCGUCUUGAAUCGCGAGAGCGAGGCUCCCAGGCCAACAACGUAUUCAUGACGUAAUUAUCGAAAAUGCGUAUUGUAUUGUAACCACAGUUGAAACGUACAGUAUAUAAACAGUUAAUUCAGGUAAGGCCCAUUUAAUUCUGAAUAGCUUCUUCAUACACCCUGGUAUUUUGUAAACGGGAUUGUUCUGUUAUUUAUACGUAGUUUAUAUUUCCUCAUCUAUUUAGUGUAGUCAUUCAUGCAUAUUAUUCAAAUUAUAUAUUUUAAUUAAAAUUUG